CACCCACACGACCGGCCUCCCCACGUAGGCGAGGGACUGGCUAUGCUAGCAGGUGGCUUCCCCCACGGGGCUCCAGCCCGUUUUGGGGUUUAAUGAGCAAUUAGCAGCGCCCCACGAAGCCGGCAGCCCUUGAGCGAGCGGAGUGGGAACGAAAGAGCAGCGGAACGGGCGGGCGGCGCUCGGGGAGGCGGCCGGCGGGGCCGAGCCGUGCGCUGCGGGAUGGCGGCGCUGCGGGUGCUGGAGCUGUACAGCGGCAUCGGGGGCAUGCACCAGGCCCUGAGAGAAAGCUGCACAUCUGCAGAAGUUGUUGCUGCUGUUGAUGUGAACACUCUUGCCAACGAAGUUUAUAAGCACAACUUUCCCAGCACACCACUAUGGGCAAAGACGAUUGAGGGCAUAACACUGAAAGAAUUUGACAGAUUAUCUUUUGAUAUGAUUUUGAUGAGCCCUCCUUGUCAGCCAUUUACAAGAAUUGGCCUACAAGGUGAUGUAUCUGAUCCGCGGACAAAGAGCUUUCUCUAUAUUCUUGAUAUUCUCCCAAGGCUCCAGAAGCUUCCAAAAUACCUACUUUUAGAAAAUGUUAAAGGAUUUGAAUCCUCUUCUGCGAGAAAUGAACUUUUGCGAACACUAGAAACAUGUGGAUUUAAGUAUCAAGAAUUUCUCCUAUCUCCAACUUGUCUUGGCAUUCCCAAUUCUAGGCUGCGGUAUUUUCUAAUUGCAAAGCUUCACCAAGAGCCAUUUUUCUUUCAUGCUCCUGGUCAGAUAUUGACAAGAUUCCCAGAUCUAGAAGACAAGAUUCAGGAUCUAGAAGAGUUAUGCAAGGACAAAGUUGUUGAUAAAGUGUGUGAAUCUAGUUCUUUGCCUUCUGGAGAGAAGAGUCUGGAUUCAAAUGUUGGUCCUCAUUGCAGCAGCAAGAAGAGUUUACCGAAAGGGGCCUUUCUUUUUAAGCUUGAAACAGCAGAAGAAAUUGCAAAGAAACAUAAUCAGGACAAUGAUUCCUCUAUUCAAAUGCUAGAAGAUUUCCUGGAAGAGGAAAAUGAAGAAAUGAGUCGGUAUUUCUUAGCACCCAAAUUCUUGGUGCGCUACGCUUUCUUAUUAGACAUUGUUAAACCCACUUGCCGGAGAUCCACCUGCUUUACAAAAGGGUAUGGACACUAUGUAGAAGGGACAGGCUCAGUUCUGCAGACAGCAGUGGAUGUACAGCUCGAAUCAGUGUUUAAACACAUUGAAAACUUACCUGAAGAAGAGAAGCUUAUGAAACUGUCAACACUAAAACUGAGGUAUUUUACUCCGAGAGAAAUAGCAAAUCUACAUGGAUUCCCUCCAGAAUUUGGCUUUCCUGACAAAGUAACAGUGAAACAAUGCUACCGUCUCCUGGGAAAUAGCCUCAACGUACAUGUGGUGGCAAAAUUGAUUUCUGUUCUGCUUGGAUAACUUAGAACAUCAAUCUGAUGGUAGACUGGUGAUGGAAAAUGCUUUCAUCUUUCAAGAGAAAGCGGAUGGCAGCUUAACAAAAUCCAUGCUAACCAAAAUAUCUGCGCAGAUAUUUUGCUAAACAGUUCUGAUGUGUUUUAGUAACUUGCAUUUAUGGUGGAUUUGCAGUGUAGAAGUGUUUUAUUUAAAUGGAAGUUUCUGGGAAUUAAUUGCUGCAUUUAGAUGUUGGAUUUAGUUUGCAAAAUUAAAAGUAACAGUAUUCACACAUAGCACAAAUGGUUAAACCAUUUUGAUUUUAUCUUAAAACUAUACUGUUGAUGCAAUAUAAAAGGGCUGUAAAUGCCAAAGCUGUUUUAACUAAGUGCAGAGACCAAGUUCUACAUGCAAAAUGUCUUCCUCUGUAAAUAUCAGUGAUCCAUUCUUAACAGAUUCAUUGUAUAUGUGAUCUAUUUUUUCUUUUGUAUCCAAUGAAACUAUUAGAUUCAGUAUUUUAUGUAAUUUUUAAGAAGACGGUGUUAUACGUUUGUCUGACCCUCUCUAAAUACUUCCAGGUUUCUGGAACCAAACUGUGUCUGUCUGUCUGGAAUGAUUUGUCUAGGUGCAGCUGAAUAAAAAUAUUUUAAUAUUAUCACAA